CCCAGCUAUGAUCAUAUACUUUUUACCAUCUUAGCUUCGUCUUGGAAUAUCGUAAACAUGCCAUAUUCCAUACUAUAGGAGAUUUUAUAUCAUGCUAUCCCUUACCAUCAUCUAGACCGCCGAGUCGAGAAGCUGCGUGGUGCUGACCAAUCCACAUGCAUCGCGUCAGCAAUAGCGAUGAACCCCGUACUUAGGCUUGUACGGUCAGCUCUCUAUUCUAGAUUUAGGUGGCCGCCGACAUCCUGAUUACUGAAUGGAGGUCACAAGCUCCAUCAAAUCGAUUGAAAGAAGAUAUUCUAUGGAACAUAGAUACCUAGUCCGUGAUGGUCUUACAGAUCGGUAUAGAUACCGGAUCGACCGGGGAUUGGUAUAAAUACAAAGCAAUGCACUACAGCUUUUGAACUGUGAUCUGCAUUCAUUCUUUCUGAGAUUGCAGCGCAAACCACAACGUCGGAGAACCUAGGAGAUAUGACGCGCUCCCAACUACUCCUAUUAGCCUCGGUCGGCCUUGCGACAGCAACAGAUUUGAGCACGCUCCCUAGCCUGCUAAAGAAGAUCUCAGCAGAUGUAUUCCCAGAUCUAAAGGGUAUAGCCCAGGAUAUCUACGCCCACCCGGAGACCUCUCUACAAGAAUUCCACGCCCACGAUACCGUUGUGGAUUAUUUCACCACGACCAAGCCCGGCUUAUGGGAUGUAAAACCCCACGUUUUCAACCUCCCCACCGCGUUCCAGCUAGACUUCGUGCAUAAGCCAGCCGGAUUCACGGGCUCGGAGGAUGAGAUACCUAUCAUCGGAUUCAUGGCAGAGUACGAUGCGCUUAUAGGUAUCGGUCAUGCCUGCGGACACAACCAUAUCGUACUCAAUGGUCUGGCCGCCGCAAGUAUGACGCGUCAGGCACUCAUCGACCUAGAUAUUCCCGGACGAAUAAGGAUCCUAGGAACUCCUGACGAAGAGGAUACGGGAGGAAAGGGGUUGCUACGGGAUGCGGGCGCAUUCGACGGAAUAGAUAUGUGGAUGAUGGCGCAUCCUACUAGCACGAAUGCCGUCCAACCGAUGGGAGCCCGUGUAGAUGCGCAGGCGAACUUCGUGGGCGAAACGCAUGCUGAUGCCGUUAGAACUGCUUACGAGGCGCUCGUACUGAUCACUGAUUUUGGAACCACCCUGCCUUCGGGGACGACGGCUACGCCUGUGGAGGAUGUGGGGAUGUUCGCUAUCAAUGUGGUGGCGCAGAAGAUUUUACUUGGAAUCGCUGGUUUGAGUCUGCAAGAUGUGAACUCAACCGUGGGUGAACUGUUGGAUAGCACGUACAAAGGCGUCAACUACACCGUUGCAGAAACCGACGAGGUCGAAAAUGGCGUCGCAAUUACCAUGGAAGGGCCCGGAGGUCACGCGUCCGAGGGAACCAAAAGCCCGCUUAGAUUAAGCAUCGAGACGUUUCGCAAUUUAACGAACAGCGGCAAACAAGGCAUUUCGUUUUUCUUGCCCGGGAACACUACGGCUACAGAGCUCGACAUUACGAUAUCGGUUCGUCCUAGGUUCACAAUGGACCUGGACUCGCUCCUAAAAAACGCAACAUCGAUUAUCGCCUCCAAAGCUGCAAGUAUCACCACAGAUCGACCGUACCCGGCGCUUGAAGUCCUUGCGACCCCCGGCGAUCGAUUUAUCAACCUAAUGCACGACGCCGAUCAUGACAGCCAGGCGAACUGGAACUUCUCCACAAUCGCUCCCGCGGCUACAGACGCCGGUUUCGUACAGGAUGCGGUACUAGACCCUAACACUAAACAAGUACUGAGCACGUUCAAAGCUGUCUUCCACCCGAACUUCGGUAUCUGCGAGCCCGUGGCUGGUGCUCCGUGUGGGUUUAAUCAUGAGCCUGAGUUUCAGCAGACUUCGGGGACGGAAUAUAGUUAUGGUCGCACUGAGAUAGUUGCCAGAGCGCUGGCGCAGAUCGCGGUUGAGUUGGUUGAUGAUAAGGCGUUCAUGAGGGAAGCUACUAAGCUCGUUCAGAAAUAAGG